CCUCUGUAAAGUUAGGUCCUGCAGACUUCUAAUCCUUUUGACUAUUGCACAGUGAAGCAAGAAUACUGUGGCUGCUAUAUAAAUAUCUAAAUUAAAGCACCAUUAGCAGUUUUGCCCAGAAAUUUGUGGAUUCAAGAUAUAAGCAUGACGAUUGCAUUUUGGAAGAUUAUUCUUGCUUUAGGCUGCAUAUCCAAAGCCACCCCCCUGACAAAUAAUGACUGUCAAGUAAAUAACUUCAAAGUGAAACAAGAUUUUGACAGAACUCGAUAUGCUGGGACAUGGUACGCUGUACAAAAGAAAGAUCCAAAAGGUCUCUUCCUACAGGAUAAUAUCGUUGCCAAUUUUGGAGUGGAUGGAGGUGGCAAGAUGAAUGCGACUGCUAAAGGAAUAGUGACUCUUGUAAAAGGAUACUGGGUAACCUGUGCAAAUAUGUUUGGCACAUUUGAAGAUACUGAUGACCCUGCUAAGUUCAAAAUGAAAUACUGGGGAGCCGCAGCAUAUCUUCAGACUGGUAAUGAUCCUCACUGGGUGAUAGAUACUGAUUAUGAUACCUAUGCCAUCCAUUAUUCUUGUCGUGCUCUACAUCCAGAUGGCACGUGUGAGGACAGCUAUUCUUUUAUCUUUUCCCGUGACGCAAAGGGGCUUCCACCACAGGCAAGGAAAAUUGUUAAACAAAGACAAGAAGAGCUUUGCUUGGCAGGAGAAUAUCGGCGUGUUGUUCAGGAAGGUAAAUGCAAAGACAAAUAAUGAGGCAUUAUUUUAUUAUGUGGAUCAACUAUCAAGUGAACAAAUACAAAUAACCAAGUAUAAGUGUGUGAAUAUAAAUGUUUGUUCCACCCUUUUAGUAGACUGUAUUUAUAUCAAGGGUUUUCCAAUGUGAAUACAAAUGAUAUUCAUGGUACUUUUAUUUCUGUUUUUAUUUUAAGUAGAUGUCAUGAUGAUAACUUAUACCUUAACUGCAAAUGUUUAACUAUAGCUAACAAACUAAUAAAAUUUGAUUUAUGUGA